AGGAGGAGCCUGGGUGGCUGCAAUUCCAGCUAUGGGGCCUGUAUUACUCUACCUGAGUUUCUGUCGCCUGUGCCUGUGGGCUUCUGGACUGAUCUUGGUCUUAGGCUUCCUCAAGCUCAUUCAUCUGCUGAUGCGGAGGCAGUUUCUCACCAGGGCUCUGGACAGCUUCCCAGGGCCCCCCACUCACUGGCUCUUUGGGCAUGCCCUCGAGAUCCAGCAGAUGGGGAGCCUGGACAAGAUAGUGUCCUGGGCCCACGAGUUUCCCUAUGCCCACCCACUCUGGUAUGGACAGUUCCUUGGCUUCCUGAACAUCUAUGAGCCUGAAUAUGCCAAAGCCGUGUACAGUCGAGGGGACCCUAAGGCCUCAGAUGUUUAUGACUUUUUGCUCCCUUGGAUUGGGAAAGGCCUGUUGGUCCUCCAGGGGCCCAAGUGGUUCCAGCACCGCAAACUGCUCACACCUGGUUUCCAUUAUGACGUGCUGAAGCCCUACCUGACAGUGUUUGCUGAAUCCACGAACGCCAUGCUCGACAAGUGGGAAGAAAAGGCUUGUGAGAAUAAGAGCUUUGACAUUUUUGGUGAUGUGGGCCACAUGGCGCUGGAAACACUCAUGAAGUGCACCUUUGGCAAAGGACACAGCGGGCUGAGCCACAGGGACAGUAACUCCUAUGAGGCAGUCAAGGAUCUCACUCUGCUGAUACAGCAGCGCGUCGAGUCCUUCCAGUACCAUAAUGACUUCAUCUACAGGCUUACUGCACAUGGUCGUCGCUUCCUGCGGGCCUGCCAGGUGGCCCAUGAGCACACAGACCAAGUUAUCCAGGAAUGGAAGGCAGCCCUGCAAGACAAGAAGGAACAGGAGAAGAUCCAGAACCAGAGGCACCUGGAUUUCCUGGACAUUCUCCUGGGGGCUCGGGAUGAAAGUGGGAGCAAGUUGAUGGAUGCAGAGCUCCGGGCUGAGGUGGACACAUUCAUGUUUGAAGGACAUGACACCACCACCAGUGGCAUCUCCUGGUUCCUCUACUGCAUGGCCCUAUACCCGGAGCACCAGCAUCGUUGCCGGGAGGAGGUGUGUCAGAUCCUCGAGGACAGGGACACCUUCCAGUGGGAUGAUCUUGCCAAGAUGACCUACUUGACCCUGUGCAUCAAGGAGAGCCUCCGCCUCUACCCGCCUUUGCCUCAGGUGUCCCGCCAGCUCAGCAAGCCUGUCACGUUUGUGGAUGGCCGCUCUCUACCUGCAGGAAGCCUGGUCUCUUUGCACAUCUAUGCCCUCCAUAGGAACAGCGCAGUGUGGCCUGACCCUGAGGUCUUUGACCCCCUGCGCUUUUCACCUGAGAAUGUGGCAGGACGCCACCCCUUUGCCUUCAUACCCUUCUCUGCUGGGCCCAGGAACUGCAUCGGGCAGCAGUUUGCCAUGAACGAGUUGAAGGUGGUCACGGCCCUCUGCUUGCUCCGCUUUGAGUUUGCCCUGGACCCUUUGCGGCCACCCAUCAAGAAGCCACAGAUGGUCUUGCGCUCCCAGAAUGGCAUCUACCUUCACCUGAGGCCACUGUGCCCAGGUUCUGGGAAGUAGCUCUGCCAAGAGUAGGGCCCCAGACAGCCCAGGCUGUGGCCUUUCCCUGGGAACUGCCCCCUCCAGGCUCGGUUGUGGAGCAGCUGUGGCUCCCUGUCCUUGGGGGGCUUGUACUGUAGAAGGGGAGCUGGUAUCCCCUAGACAGUCACCCUGAGGAUGGUGCCAGAAACCAGGUGUGUCUAUGAAUGCUUACUGUGCCUGUUUCCUGGAGCUGACCCAUUCACUCAGCAAACAUGUGGUGAGAACCCACUUGCUUCUAGUCUCUUCCUUUUUUUUU